GCCUGGCGCCGCUGCCCGUCCGUCCGUCCUGCCGCUCUGGGCUUGGCCGUGGACUCGCCUCCUUUAAAAACCCUCCCUACACUUGUGCAUCCUAUCUCGCGGCCACACGCACACAAAACACAACACAUCUCUCUCUCUCUCUCUCUCUCUCUCUCUGUCCGCGGCGCCAUGGCGUGGGAGAACGGGAGCAGCGGGAAUGGGUUCGAGGUGCCCGACGUUGAGAUCAAGUUCACCAAGCUCUUCAUCAACGGCGAGUUCGUCGACGCUGUCUCCGGUAAGACGUUUGAGACCCGGGACCCCCGCACCGGCGACGUCACCGCCAGGAUCGCCGAGGGACGCAAGGCCGACAUCGACCUCGCCGUGAAGGCCGCCCGGGAGGCCUUUGACAAUGGUCCCUGGCCAAGGAUGUCCGGCUAUGAGAGGGGCCGGAUCCUGCACCGGUUCGCGGACCUGGUGGAACGGCACGUGGAGGAGCUGGCGGUGCUCGACACGAUUGACGCCGGCAAGCUCUUCCUGAUGGGCAAGAUCAUGGACAUCCCCGGCGGCGUGCACCUGCUGCGCUACUACGCCGGCGCGGCCGACAAGAUCCACGGCGCGACGCUCAAGAUGUCCCAGCAGAUGCAGGGGUACACGCUCAAGGAGCCCGUCGGCGUCGUCGGCCACAUCGUGCCGUGGAACUACCCCACCACCAUGUUCUUCUUCAAGGUCAGCCCGGCCCUCGCCGCCGGUUGCACCAUGGUCGUCAAGCCCGCCGAGCAGACUCCGCUCUCGGCGCUCUUCUACGCGCACCUAGCCAAGGAGGCCGGGAUCCCCGACGGCGUCCUCAACGUCGUGCCGGGGUUCGGCCCCACCGCGGGCGCCGCCCUCGCGUCGCAUAUGGACGUCGACAAGGUGAGCUUCACCGGGUCGACGGAGGUCGGGCGGCUGGUCAUGAAGGCAGCGGCCGACAGCAACCUCAAGCCCGUCUCGCUCGAGCUGGGCGGCAAGUGUCCGGUCAUCGUGUUCGACGAUGCCGACGUCGACAUGGCCGUGAACCUGGUCAACAUGGCCGUGUACGCCAACAAGGGCGAGAUAUGUGCCGCUGGCACGCGCAUCUAUGUGCAGGAAGGGAUCUACGACGCGUUCGUGAAGAAGGCCGUCGAGGCCGCCAAGAAAUCGGUGGUCGGAGACCCGUUCUACCCGCAUGUCAACCAAGGCCCUCAGGUUGACAAGGACCAGUACGAGAAAGUUCUCAAGUACAUUGAUAUCGGUAAGCGCGAAGGCGCCACGCUGGUCGCCGGAGGGAAGCCCUGCGGCGACAAGGGGUACUACAUUGAGCCCACCAUCUUCACGGACGUCAAGGAUGACAUGUCGAUCGCGCAAGAUGAAAUCUUUGGGCCGGUGAUGGCUCUAAUGAAAUUCAAGACGGUUGAGGAGGCGAUUCAGAAGGCGAACAACACCCGGUAUGGCCUGGCUGCCGGCAUAGUGACCAAGAACAUCGACAUCGCCAACACGGUGUCACGGUCCAUCCGUGCAGGGACCAUCUGGAUGAACUGCUACUUCGCAUUCGACCCCGACACACCGUUUGGCGGGUACAAGAAUAGUGGGUUCGGCAAGGACAUGGGCAUGGACGGCCUUGAGAAGUAUCUUCAGACCAAGACCGUCGUCACCCCCAUCUACAACUCACCCUGGUUCUGAUCUCAUUCUAUGAACAGCACAGUGAACAAAAAUUGAAGAAGAAAUAUGUCUUAUACAGAUAAAAGGAUGAAUAAUUUGUACCUUCUUGGAUUUGAUGUAGCAACGUAGCAUGGACUUGUCCAGGAACAAUAAAGGCACAUGUCUCACUUA